AAUUGACAUUACGCAUGUCUUCUUACAGUUGUCCUCUAAAUCCAAACAUUCACAGUACCUGCUAAAAUAGUGUUGCAAAGACUGACUUCAUUUACAGAGUGAAUUUAAUUGAAUGAAAGAUCAUAAAGGGAGUUGACAUGACUGCUCGCGGUACACCGAGUCGUUUUUUACAGAGCGUUCUUCAUAAUGGAGUGAGUCGAUAUGUGUGUCAGCUAAAGCGGAUAUCUAUCAUCUUUUCAAAGAAAGGACAGGGCUCUUUGGGAGUCAGGGAUUUCAUUGAGGAAGGUGUGGUCGACUUUGCCAAGAAAACCCCAGGAACCGUGGUUUACAUCUCCCCUCAGUCCAGCAGAAUUCCCAAAAUAGUAGCCGAGUAUUUAAACGGUAAAGUCCAAGAGGAGACUGUUACCAACAAAACAUCUCAGCAAAUUGCUGAACUUAUAACCAAGAUGUCCAACCAAUCAGGACUAGACAUCAUCCGCAUUCGUAAACCCUUCCACACAAGCAGUCCAAGUAUCCAGGGCCAGUGGCACCCCUUCACAAAUCGACCCCUCCGCAUUGAUCCAGUUGGCCCACAAGCAAAAUAAGGACUUUGCUGAUGAAUGGUUUUGUAUUUAUUUUCUGACUGAUGUGCAGAUUUGUUAGUAGACCUCCAAGAUGGUCAACUACCUCUGCCACGGAUCCAAAACUGCCCCACGUUUAACAGUAUAAUGAUGAGGUAGACAUUUUCAACAGGGACCUAUUAGGAUGGACUCAUAGGAUGAUUUUCUUUUUUUAAUGAAUUAAGAGUACCUUGUACCUUGGAAAUAGGCUCGUUGAAAGAUGCUCAUCCACUGAGAAAUGUACUCUUUUCUUUGGGAAAUAAAGUUCUGAACUA